AUGAUGAUGAUGAGAAGUAGACUCAGGUCUCUCACCUUCCUUCCUUAUGAAGUCCUCUUUGACAUCUUACUUCGCUUGGACGUUAAGUCCAUCUGUUACCUUCGUCUUGUAUCCAAGUAUAUCAACUGGUUAACCAGAAGCCCUAACUUCAUCAAAGCCCAUCGUCUUAAACCCAAACCUGAACUCAUCAUCCAAGCUCCUGGUGUCACCUUUGACCCUAAAAGAAAAAUCAAGGAUGACCCAUUCUUCUUCUUCAACCUCUCUAAUGAAACCAGAACCUACUUCAAAGGUCACCCUUUGACUUGCUUCCACUAUAUCCGUGUAGCUUCUUCUCUACACGGCCUUCUCCUCCUUGAAGAGUCCUUCCCUUCAACUUACUUCAGACACUAUAUUCUGAACCCUGCAACAGGUGAGAUCAAACAGUUACCACCCAUUGAGCUAGGGUUCUUCGAUGAUACAAACCAUCUCUGCGCCUUAGGUUAUCACUCUGGAACAGGAGAAUACAAGGUGAUGUGUUUGGUCUCUCGUUUUUUUGAGCUUGAGAACCGGAGACACAUAGUGUGUGAAGUGUUUACUAUAGGGAAAGAUGACCAAUGGAGGACGGCCAGAAACCGUCCUCCACAUUCUUACUGUGAUGGGCCGCGUAGGUAUCCACCUGUUCUCGGGAAUGAUUCACUUCACUACGUAGCGCAUUGUAGCAGCCAACGGUAUGAGCAAUGGAGACGAAAGCAGCCUAGAGCUGCUUCUCCUAACUACUUCGAUGGGUUCAUACUUUCUCUAGACGUUAAUGCUGAGUGGUUCCAGAAGACCCCACACCCUCAUUGUGAAAGUGGGGUCUACUCGUUGGUGGAGAUGGACGGUCGGCUUUGCUUUGCGAAUCAUAUUGUAUCUGGUGGUAUCACACAGAGUUUGGAGCUGUGGACUCUCACUGAUUUCUCCAAUAAGAAGAGACCGAUUUGGACCAGAGAGAAAAGCGUUGGGUUGUUGUGGAUUGAGUCUCCUUUGGUGUAUCCAUUGUCGAAGUUUGCCAAUGAGGUGAUGCCACUUGGGUUUGUAGAGGGUGAGAUGAUCCUGUGGUGGCCGGAGGAGCGUAGGUUGUUCUUGUUAAACUUGGAGAGUGGAGGAUUUAGGAGGAUUAAUGAAGCUCAGGAGGAGGAUUUAAUUCCUCCGGUUUACCGGUUCGACCAGGUUUUCCACCCUACUCAUGCAAACAUGGUUCCUCGUAUACACGUUAAUACACUGGUUCGCAUCCCACCUUGGUCUGGUCCUUUAAAUCUGAGUUAG